AUGAAGCUCCUUAAGAAGCAAAAGCCCAAAUUCGAUAAAAGGAAAGCCGUCCAUAAGAGGAGCGAAAUUAAACCCGCAAGAGACGCCGAACUGAAAGACUUAGAGGCGCGAAUCCAACUAGAAUGCCCUCCGUCUGGGCAGUCUGGUUCCGUCAAGCAAGAAGAACAAAGUAGCCAGCCAGACGGGCCAUCUCUGACAGCGCUCUUGUUUACCGAUCUGCCGAUAUCUUCGCGAACUCUUCGAGGUCUCAAAGAAUGCCAAUUCACUCGUUUGACUCCAAUCCAAUCUCUUGCAAUUCCUCAUUCUCUAAGCGGUCGCGAUGUGAUGGGAGAAGCAGAAACAGGUUCAGGCAAAACUCUAGCUUUCAUAAUUCCCCAAAAUCUCUAUCGUGCAAAAUGGGACAGUGAGGCUGGUUUGGGAGCUCUUGUGAUUACACCAGCAAGAGAACUAGCGUCUCAGAUAUUCGACGUAUUACGGGAUGUUGGAAAGCACCACGAUUUUUCCGCAGCUUGUUUGAUUGGUGGGAGAUUUUUUGAUCAAGAAGCCAAACACGCCAAUUCAAUGAAUAUUAUAGUUGCAACUCCUGGUCGUCUUCUCCAACAUUUGGAUGAAUCGCCAGGAUUUGAUUGUUCAAAUCUUCAAAUUUUAGUUGUUGAUGAAGCUGAUCAGCUUGUCGAUAUGGGAUUUUCAGAAACAAUGGAAAACAUCAUUUCCCAACUCCCUGAUGCUUCAGCGCGUCAAACACUUCUAUAUUCAGCAACUUUAUCUUCGGCAGUUCGUCGACUCGCCCUUAUCUCCCUGAAGGAAUCUCCAGAACGGAUUUCUUUAACAGGAACAAAUCACGGGUCUUUGGUUCCUGAUCGCCUUAAACAAACUUACAGCAUCGUUAAUCUUCCUGAUCAACUAAGUGGACGUCUUUUUGAGCUUCAUGGUCGUCAAAAACAGCAGAAACGGUUAGAAGUCUUCGGGGAAUUCUCAUCAAAGGAAAAUGCAGCAGUCCUCAUUUGCACGGACAUUGCAGCGCGAGGGAUUGAUUUUCCUGCUGUGGAUUGGGUUGUUCAGUUGAAUUGCCCUCAAGAUGUAGAAACCUAUAUUCAUCGGGUGGGUCGCACAGCGCGUCCGGAAAUUCGCCAUCUUGCAGAGCGUGCCUUCACCUCGUAUUUGAGAAGCAUCCGAUUGGGGAGAGAUCGAGAUGUUUUCAAUAUUAGGAAGACGCUUGAAACUACCGAAGCCGCGAAUGAGUUCGCAAGAUCGCUGGGAUUGGAAGUGACUCCAUCACUAGAUGAUAUUGUUGAUGAAAAAGCUUCGACGGGAAAGAAAAAGAAACUCAGCAAAUUGGAGAAAUUAAGACAGAAGAUUUUAGAAAAACGAUUGAUGAAGGGACAAAGUGAAGGACUUGGUGAUUGGAUUGCAUCUGAUAGCGAUCAAGAGAAGAGUAAGAUUUCAAAGAAAGAAAGAAAAUUAGAACGACUAAAAGAGAUUCGUGAGGCGAAGCCAAAUGAAGAUCUCAGCGAUGAGGACGAUGUGCUUGAACGUGUUGAGGAAUCAGAGAUGAGGCAACCAGUUCCAUCAAUUCCAUUGGUUGAUUUGAAUUCUCUGGAUGCAAGAAGAAAGCUGCGAAAACAGAACAUCAGAAUACGAGCAGAUGGAACAGCGAAAGUCAAGGGGCUGGCAGCAUUGCAACGAGAUGAAACCGCGCACGUUUUCUUCAGUAGUGACGACGAAAGCCCCGCUCGGCCUGUGAAUAAUGGUUCAAAAAAUCAAAGUGACGAUUUAUCCGGAAGUGAAACGGAUAAUGGAAAUGGAGAGUCAAGACAACAAAUGCAUUUGAAGAAAAUCCAAGAAAGACUUGAAAAAAAAUCCGAAUCAGAUAAAGUAAGUGGAAUUGAUCCAAAACCGAAAAUGAUCUGUUGGGUUUAG